AUGGGCGCCAAGUUUGCAAGCCUGAAUGAGCGAGAGGAAGGCGAACUAUCAGUGUCUGAUGGCAGCAAGGCUGCGAUCAAGGGUGUGGGAACCAUCAUGGAACGGGUGGUUCUGCACAAUGGUGACGAACGCGACAUCGAGAUCAAGGACGCACUGUUCGUACCAAGUAUGAGAAAGAAUCUGCUUUCGGUGCCACAGAUCAACAAGGGUGGCAGGUUCCUAGUCGUGUUCGAUGGGUCCAAGAUUAUUGAGGGUUACCGGUACAAUCCGAACCUAGCGCGUAGUUCUUACGAGAUAGUUUUUACAUCGGUAAUUACCUUAGAGAUGAUUAGACGCGUAGGAUGA